UAUGAUUACUAAUAUUUCUGAGAUUUUUAUAGCAUUUUCCACUAUGGCUUUAGAAACCAUGCAAGUAAUUUUAAAUAAAAUUUUUAUAUAUACAAAACUAGUGAUGAGAAGGAAUAUGGCAGGGACAUACAAACCAGGACAGGAAAUAGGGAAAUAGGAUGGGACAUGAAACAGGGACAAAGGACAAAGUUUAUAGCACAUCUUAGACAUUGUGCCCAUCAAGAUUGUUAAUCAAAAUUAAAAAUAAUAUCUAUAGAGCUUGCCCUGUCCUUCAGGUGUCAAACUAUUAUAGCUAGCAGUUACAGGAUUGUUAUGACACCAGUUCUGUCUUUUGAUGAUUGAUGAUACCUGCCAAUAGCCUCACUGUUUGUACAGCACUGUGAGUAUAGGAAGAUUUGAGUGGGGAAGGGAUAUAAACCAAGGAUUUAAGUAGCCGCCAGCUAGCUGAUUGACUAACUCAGACUAGAGAUAACAAUUGGCCCACGCAGUUAGAAGACUGGUGAGCCUUUGUAGCCUAUUUGGUCACCACAUUUUUGCAUGGAAUGAUUUGGUAGCAUACAUAUUAUUUUAUAAUUAUGGGGGCGUUUUUGUUUUUUUUUUUUUUUUUUUUUUUUUUUUUUUUACUUCUUUGUAUGAUAUGUCUGAAGUUUAGAUACGAACCAUAACUGUUCUUCAAAGCACUUUUCUUUUGAUCUCCAACAUAAUGGAAGGUAGAGAAAAGAGUCUGGAGAAUUAAUGACUGAUGCAUUUGACCUUUCUUUCCUUCCUUUUUCCUUUCUCUCUCUCUCUCUCUCUCUCUCUCUCUGUCUCCUCUGUUCUGAGCACACCUGUCUGUCUGCCUGUGAAGAUUUACUUUGUUUUGAGAAGCUGAAUUGUGCAAUUGAUGCCACACCUUAUAUACAUACUCACUUUCCAUGCUAGAUUUGUUUCCUCAGUCUCUGCAAGUGAUUUGACAGAGGGUUAUUGGAUGGGAAAGGCAAGGAAUUUCAGCAGCUCCAUAGUUUGUUUCUUUCAGGGUAGCUUAUCUUGCCAAACUAAGUGCAUAAUAGGGAGAAGGGGAGGAAGGAUGGGAAAGAGAAAAGGUACGGUGUCUCUGCUGCUCUUUCAGCACCUAGAAAUUCUUGCAGUGAAAAUGCUCCCAUAAGUUCUACCGACAUUCCUUCCCCACUUUAUCCUCCUUUCCCCUCUUAUUCUUUUCUUUUCUCAUCUUUUCUCAAGUCUGAUGCCAUUGUGGUUGGAAUCUGGGGGAUGGAGGAAAAACCUCAAUAUCUCUCCACCAUUCCCUUACUUUUUCUUCCCACCUGCAUUCUUGGCUAGUCUGCAAAAACCUCAUAAUGGUUUUUGUCUCAGUUUAGCCUACAAAAAUAUGCUAUUAGCUCCUUCUAACAUGUUCUUUAGAUUCUCACAUAAUUGAUGGCAGACAGUUUGAAGGUCCAACAGAAAUGUGGUAUUCGUGAUCCAAAGCAUGGCAUAGUUCACUAGUUUGAGAUAAUUUCCUUUGGAAAGGUCUCAUGUCUUUGAAAAACAAAAAAGGCUAUUUUCAUCUUUAGGUUUAAUUUAGCUUAUUAAUUUUUGUGGAUGUGUUCUUAACUCUCUGGUUCGGAGGUUCAUUGGGGAUUAAAUAUACAAAUGAGUUAGAGCUAAGGGCUUAAACAACGGUUCAAAACAGUGGAUUCUCAACAUUUUUUUAUGUUUAUAAUUCAAAUUAAGAGUAGAUUUUAUACUAGCGUACUUGAAGGGAUUCAAAGACACUUAACAAGAUUAAGAAAUUUUUACACUGGCUAAAUCAUAAUUAUAACACAAUCAUUUUUACAGUUAUAACAAUGUCUUGCGAUGUUCAUAACAGCAUCAUUGUUCAUUUCAUCCUCCUUCAGCCCCGUGUUAUUCACCAGUUGUGUGCUUCCCUGGUGGCAGUAUUUUCUGUACCUAUAAAACAGUUCUUGCAUAUUUCUCUAAGCAUAUAAUUUUUAUUACAAGCUUGUCAAUAUACCAUAUUAUCUGCCUCUUACCUCCUACCACAAACAAGUCAUAUCUCUUCCACACUGUAUCUCAAGAUGUGUUCAUCUUAAUUUUCUAUCUAACACUGUCACCAUACUCACUAGCAGCAAAGCUAUAUUUCAGUCGGGAAACUUUCUCCCUGUAGAGGACCAGAUAGAAAAUAUUUUUGACUUUGCAGACAAUAUGGUAUCUGUUACAACUAUUCAUCUCCACUAUUAUAGUGCAGAAAUGGCCAUAAAAAUAUAGAUGAACAGCAUGACUAUGCCCCAAUAAAACUUUAUUAACAAAACAGGUACCAGAUUGGAUUUGGCCCACCAGCUGUAGUUCGCUGGUCUCUAUUGUAUUUCCUAAGCUGAUGAAAACAAAGCAUGCUCCUAGGUUUAAGAACUGGAUUGAAGGAUUACUGUAAGUCACUAUACAUCAGUGCUUAUAGUGACUGUUAUUAAUUUUGGGGAAUUCUACAUCUGAUUUAAAGGGAUCACUAAGAGCCUAUUCUUAACUAAUCUGUCUAGCUCUCGUUACUAUCCUCCCAUAGUUGUAAGUAGUGGUAUAUAAUUCAUCUUCACAGGUGAGAGGAAAAGAGUGAGGAAAUUGAUUUCUAAUUCUCAUCUGUAGUCUGGCAUGAGCUCACUUUCUCUUUUUACCAACACCAUUAUGUGCAUAAUAAAUUAUUUCUUAGUAAAAUAUAGAGACAUGAUUAUGAUUUCCAUUCUGUAAAGAAUUUAACAAUGAUCAUGAUUUUUCCCAUUUCUGCCUCCUAACAAGUACUUGGUUCUUUUGGCAUUACUAUGUACUUUGUUUAAAUAUUAGACAGGAAAAGUUUGUGUAUACUUUAGCACUUUGGCAAUCCAGCCUUCUUGGCUAUUGUAAACUUCUGUAGAUGUUUUAUUACUGUUUCACAUUAUAUGGAAUGAAUGUGUUUCUUCGUUCCAAGUUUUUCCUGUCUGCCCUGUUCUUGUUCUUGGUAUUAGUUCAAGUGUUAAAUCUUAAGAGCCAAUAAUAACAAACAUCCUUGCCUGCCCCUCCCUGGUAGAGAAGGUAGGGUGCUGUAGUGUGCAGGUUUUCUGCUUAUGCUGAGAGUUAGGACAGGGUACUUAGGUGGCUUAAAUGACUGGAAAUGAACAGUAAAGUCCUCUAUCCUGCAAAUUUCCAGUUGAGGUUUUAUAUGUAAUACAGUAUUUCAUAAUUCACAUGAAAAGAACCAUUUUGAUUCCAAUCCCAGUUAAUCAGGAUAUGCUGUAUGAAAUUGACUCUACAACUUAUAUAAUUUGCCAAAAAAAAAAAAAAAAGAAAGAAAAGAGGCUAUAAUUUUCUGGGUGGGACACAUAAACUUUUCUAUUCAGUUGUGUAAGUUGUCUUGAAAGUUUGGUCCUAUAUGUCUGAGUAUUUCCCUAUUCUAUUCUCAGGUUCACUUAGCUCUUCCAUUUAGUCCAUCAUAGUAUUUUCUAUGUCUGAGUAUCGUUAACUAAUAUAUCCAUCUAGACAUGAGAAUUACAUGCUUUACUUUUGGCUUCUGAAUGCAAGUAUACUUGGGGGAUACAUAGAGGAAACAGAAAGGAGCUGUAAAAUUAAAAUGUAACUUUUUUAACUAGAGCAAGGGAGUAAUUACUGGCCUCCUCCAGGAGCACAAGGAAGUAAAGAACAAGGCUUUGUAAAAGAAAAUUGUGUCACACCAACUUAAUUUCCCUCUCUGACAGAGUGACAGUCUAAGAUGAUAAGGAAAAGGAAAUAGAUUUCAUCUAUAUGAACUCUAGAAAGACUUUUGAUUUCAUCAAACAUGACACUGUUAUCAACAAAUUGGGAAAGUCUGGUCCAGAUCAUGUUGCAGUUAGAUGAAAGCCCCUCUUGACAGAAAGGCUUCCUCUAAAGUGGGAGUUGUGAGUCCUUCUGUGUUAUUUAGACAUGAUUCAGUUCCCCUUGGAAUUCUUUUUGGACACCAAUAUACUUAAUAGGUUGCAGUCACCAGACAAUAUGUCAAAGUGGGAAUAAGGGUAAGUGAGCAUGUCUUUAAAAGUUGUAGAACCAAACUCAGAUAAAGAAAAAUUAAAUUAAAUUAAUAUAUAGCAUUAAAAGGUUUAGACACCAGAAGGAAACUAAACUCAGUACAAGAAUGAUAAUCCUGUCAUAAAUCUAGAUUCACAGAAUUGUAGAGCUAAAUACACUUUUGGUAUCAAAUUGCCCAUGUUCUCCAUUUUGCAGAAGAUUGCCAGCUCAAGAGAGGAAGUUACAUGCUCAAGGCCACACAGCCGGUUAAUUGCAGGACUGAGACUAGAAUUCCUAGUUUGGUAUUCUUUUUUACUACAAACUGUUACUAUUGAUUUUAAAAAAAAAUUCUUUUCAGGCAUAUUUCACAUAUCAUAUAAUUCACCCAAGUAUACAGUUCAGUAUUUUUUUGUAAAUUUACCAAGUUGUGCAGUUAUCAACUUUCAAGCGAUUUUAGAACAUUUCCAUCACCCCAGUAAGAUUUUUAUGUAAUUAACUGUUAAUUCCUGUCACUACUUAUGUCCUAGUCCUAGGCAACCACUAAUCAACUUUCUAUCUCUAUAAAUUUGCCUUUUCUGGACAUUUUAUAGAAAUGGAAUCGUAUAAUAUAUGUCUUUGUGUCUGGCUUCUUUCACUUAACAUAAUGUUUUAAGGUUUAUCUAUCUUGUAGCAUGUAUCAGUCAUUAUUUUAUUGCCAAAUCGUAUUCUUCUAUGUGAAUAUAUCAUAUUUUGCUUAUCCACUCACGUUGGUGAACAUUGAGGUUGUUUCCACUUUUGAACUAUUUUGAAUAAUGUUUUUAAUUACAUUGUGUGUCGUUGUAUACUUUUUAAGUUCCAUAACUUUGUUUCCCAAAUUGGGACUAAAUUAUCCAUCAGAUGUGCCUUCUCCCCCUACUACAAUUUUUUUUUUUUUUUUUUUUUUUGCAGAUAUGGGUGGUAGAGUUCCCACAGACGGCAAUUAAGGUUGCUAUUAAUGUUCUAAUAAGUAGCCAUAGGGGAUUAAAUCAUCCACAGGAGAAAAACCUUGUUAAUCUAAUACUAGUCUUUUAUUCUAUGAUGGCUUAUGAGAAACUGUUGGCCAAAUGCCUUCCAUCUUCACAGAAAAUAAAUGAGAAGAAUUGGAUUUAAACCACAAGGGGAAAAAAAAAAACACUUCAGACGGGCACAAGGAGGCACAUUUUAUAUGGCAGUUGAUAUUAUCAAGUUAAUUUGCAAUAUUAUAAAAACAAAGUCCAUGUAAUUUUCUCUGAGAGAAGCUUAUAUGAAUGGGUUUAAAUCUGUCUAAAGCCAGAUGGCCCCUUGUGAUUCCCUAAAAGGAAGACAGUUCUUUUGUGAUACUUUUUCUGAGUGGUUAAAGAAGACAUUUGGCUUUUGGUGUUCACAGAGGCCAUUUCACUGUGCCCAUGAAAUAAAAUCAGUUGCAAAGUUUUACACCAACCAUUUGGUGUGGCAGAAGACAGGAUAUUGCCCCCAUGUCCUGGACAGAGCAAUGUCACCUGGCUACUAUUCUUUUCCUAAUAACAGCUAGAAUAAUCAUUAGUCAAUUCUAGAGUUGCAUAAUUUCCACAGUAAUUUCACAUCUAAUUUUUUUUAACUUUACAUUUGAGCUCUCAGUAGUUGCUACAAUUAUUUGUGAGAGAGACUCUGCUGCAUAGCAGUUCAAAGCCCUUUCCAAACUGAUCCCAUCUUAUUGAUCUCUCUUUAGCUCCCAUCACUCCUAGCAAUAGAGUCUUAUCGCAUCGUGCUAUUCACCAUCUCUUGAAUACCUCAUAUCCUUUAGCUCCUCUGUAUUUUUGUUAUACUGUGCUUUUAUAUCCCUUAUCUAUUUUGAGAACUCUGACUCAACCUCUGGUCAGGCCUACAUAUUAUAUCUUCUAUAGGUAAAUGUUCUCAUUUCCUUUGCCUCAUUAGAAUUCAUUGAUCCCUUUUUGGGUGCCCAUACUGGUUUGGUAUCACAGGACAAUGUAUUUGCUGCAUGACCUUGGAUAAGUAGCUUAACUUUUCUUGAGUUUUUCUUACCUUAUCUGAAAUACAUUUGUAUCUUUCAGAGGAAUUCAAUGAAACCUAAAUACUAAACCAUAUUAUAUACAAAUAUAAUAGAUUAGUAUUAAUAGUAAGAAUAUAAACAUAGACUUCAGAUUAUAACUGUACCAGUUUCCUUGAUUCUUGAGCACAACCAUCCUGCUUUAUUCACCUUUGUAACCUAACCACUGAGUCUAAGUCCUGAUACAUAAUAAAUCAGAUUGAAUCAUUAGAAGUAAGCAACGGAGAUACUAUUGUUAUCAUUUUGCAUUUGAAAUUGAGACCCCAAAUGCUAAGUGAUAUAAUGACUUAAUUAUUAAGUCCUAACCACUUUUCCUCAAGUUCACCGACAAAACUUUCAACAGCCUCUGGACUUAUAAUCUGACUUGUAACUAGUAUUAAAGGUAGGAUUUCUGAAAGUAUUGUCUCAGACUACCUGUUACAGACUGACUUCUGAAGAUGCUUCUUAAAAAUGUAAAAUCAAAUCUCAAAAAUGUCAUGUUGGGGGAGAAAAGCCAGACACAUAAAACCAGAAAUGAAAGAGAAGACACUGCUGCCAAUUUCACAGAAAUAAAAAGGAUAAUAAGUGAGUACUAUGAACAACUGUAUGCCAACAGAUUGCAUAAGCUAGAUGAAAUUGUCAAAUUCCUGAAAACACACAACCUAUCAAGACUAAAUCAUGAAGAAGUAAAACAUAUAAAUAUACCUAUAACUAGCAAAGAUAUUCAAUCAGAAACCAAAAACCUCCCAACAAAGAAAAGCCCAGGACCAGUUGGCUUCACUGGAAAAUUCUACCCAACAUUGAAAGAAGAACUAACACCAGUUGUUUUCAAAUUCUUCCAAAUAAUUAAAGAACAGGGAAUACUUUAUGAUUCAUUCUGUGAGGCCAAAGUCAGAUAAAGACACUGAGAGAGAAGAAAAGUACAGACCAAUGUGUCAUAUGAAUAUGGAUGCAGAAGUCAUCAACAAAAUACUAGCAAACAGAAUUCAAUAGCACAUUAAAAUUAUUAUAUACCAUGUUCAAGUGGGAUUUCUUUUUGGAAUGCAAGAUGUUCAGUAUAAGAAAAUCAAUUAAUGUAACACAGCGUAUUCUCAGAAUGAAGGGGGAAAAUUACCUGAUCAUCUCAAUGGAUGCAGAAAAUACAUUUGACAAAAUUUGUUCCUCUUCCAUGAUAAAAACACAAACAAACUAGAAGGAAAGUAUCCCAACAUAAUAAACACAUAAAUACCAUAUAUGAAAAGUUCAUAACUAACAUUAUGUUCAGUGAUGAAAGAAUGAAAACUUUUCCUCUAAGAUCAGGAAUAUGACUAGGAUGCCCACUCUCAUGCUUCUACUCAACAUGGUACUGGAAAUCAUCACCAAAACAGGCAAGAAAAAGAAAUAAGAGGCAUAUGAAUUGGAAAGGAAGAAGUAAAAUUAUCUCUGUUAAGAAAUGAUAUAAUCUUAGUUGCAGAAAACCCUGCGGAUUCCCCCCCGCCAACACACACACAUACAAAAAACAGCACUAAUUAAGGGACUUAACAAUCUUACAGGAUAUAAAGUCAACACACAAAAACCAGUUGCAUUUGUACACCAACAACGAACAAUCCUGAAAAUGAAACUAAGAAAACCAUUCCAUUACAAUGGCAUAAAAAAAAUACUUAGGAAUAGACUUAAUGAAGGAAGCUAAAGACUUGUACACUGAAAACUACAAAGCACUGCUAAAACAAGUUAAAGAAGAGACAAAUAAAUGGAAAGAUAUUCCAUGUUUAUGGAUUAGAAGACAAUAUUGAGUCAGUACUCCCCACAGUGAUCUACAGAUUUAAAGCAAUCCUUUUUCAAAGUCCCAAUUUUUUUUACAAAAAUAGAAGAAUCCAUCCUAAAAUCCAUAGAUGGAUUCAAGAAUUCAUCCUAAAAUCCACCCUGAAAUUCAAAUUCAAGGAACCCUGAAUAGCCAAAACAAUCUCGAAAAAGAAAAACGAAGUUGAAAGCUUUGGUGUGUGUUUUUAUCAUGACAUUGCCUCAUUUCAAACCUUACUACAAACCUACAGUAAUCAAAACAGUGCAGCACUUGUUUCAAUAAAGACAUAUAAGCCAAUGGAAUAUAAUAGAAAACCCAGAAAUAAACUUUUAUGUAUAUGGUCAAAUGAUUCUCAACAAGAGUGGUCUUGGCCAUUCUUGGUAAAUUAUAUAUCCACAUGUAAAAGAAUGAAGUUGGACUCUUACCUUACACUACACAAAAGUUAAUUCAAAAUGGAUCAAAGAUCUAAACAUAAGAGCUGAAACUAUAAAACUCUUUGCUGAAAACAGAGGAAAAGCUUCAUGACAUUGGAUUUCUCAAUGAUUUCUUGAAUAUUACACCAAAAGAAAAAAUAGCCAAAGAAAAAUAGAUAAAUUGGACCACAUACAAAUUUUAAACUUUUGUGCAUCAGAUGACACUAACAACAGAGUGGAAAGGUAACCUACAGAAUGAAAGAAAACUUUUACAAAUUAUAUAUAUGAUAAGGGGUUACUAUCUAGAAUAUUUAAAGAACUCCUGUAACUCAACAGCAAUACAAACUACACAAGUAACCAGAUUUUAAAAUGGAUUUAAAUUGACAUUUUCCCAAAGAUCUUCUUUGACCAGUAAAUAUUAAUACAUUAAAAGAUGUUCAACAUCAUUAAUCAUUAGGGAAAUGCAAAUCAAAACCACAGUGUUAUACCACUUUACACCUAUUAGGAUGGUUAUUAUUAGAAAAAAAAACAACACCAAAAUAGAAAAUAACAAACGUUGGCAAGGAUAUGGAGUAAUUGGAACUCUUGUGUUGUGUGUUGCUGGUAGGGAUGUAAGCAGUAUGAUCAAUAUGGAAAACCUGUACGGUAGUUCCUUAAAAAUAUAAAAAUAGAAUUAUCAUAUGAUUCAGCAAUUCUACUUCUUGGUAUAUACCCAAAAUAAUUGAAAGCAAAGACUCAAACAAAUAUUUGUAUAUGCAUGUUCGUAGCAGCAUUAUUCACAGUAGCUUAAAAACCCAAAUAUCCACCAGUGGGAUAAUGGAAAAACAAAAUGGGUAUAUUCAUGCAAUACAAUAUUAUUCAUCAUUAGAAAGGAAGAGGAUUCUGACAGAUGGUACAACGUGGAUGAAUCUUGAAGAAAUUAUACUAAUUGAAGUAAGCAAGUCACAAAAGAACAACUACUGUAUUAUUCCACUUAUAUAAGGUAUACAGAGUAGUCAAAUCACAGAGAUAGAAAGUAGAGUGAUGGUUACCAGAGGUGGGGGAAGGGGAGAAUGAGAGUUAAAGGGUAUAGUUUCAGUUUUGCCAGCUGAAAAAAGUACUGAAGAUAGAUAGUGGUGAUGGUUGCAUAAUGCAAAUAUACUUAAUGCUACUGAACUGUAUACUUAAAAAUGGUUACAAUAGUACAUUUUAUCACAAUUUUAAAAUGUUUAAAAUUUUUACAAUGAAAAAGGAAGACACAAAAGAGUCUGUACCGUCUGAUUAAUUUAUUUAAACUGCGAAAAUAAAUCUAUGGUGUUAGAUGUCAGGACAGUGGCUAUCCUUGGAAGAGGGAAGUAACUGGAAAGAAGUAUGAAAAGGCUUCAAGUGUGCUGGUGAUGUUCUGUCUCUUGAUCUGGAUGCUCUAACAUGGAUGUUCAGUCUGUGAAAUUCUUUGAGCUAUCUGUUUAUGAUUUAUAUUAUACUUUUUUCUAUAUGAAUAUUAUACUUCAAAAAAGAUUUUAGCAGUGUCAAUCACGGACCCCACAGCAGACCUAUGGAAUCAGAAUCUCUGGGAAUGGGAACUCAGGGCCUUGCAUUUUAAAAAUCUCUUUUCUACGUUUUUCUUAAGGCUAUUGGAUUUUGAGAAUCUUUGCUAAGGGAAGAGGAUUAGAUAAAUAUUCUUCCAGUGCCCCAGAUUUCUUCAGUUCUAUCCUAACAAUAAGUAUUUGCUGGAAAAGAAAUUUUUGAUUUCCUUAAGUCAUUUACCUUCUUCCUGUUAGGAAAAUGCACAUAUUUUGUAGGUGCUAAGACAGAGGACUAAGAAAUCAAUGACAUAAAAAUGCAUAGUUUAAUAUUUUUUCUUUGAAACUAUUAUCCUAAGCUGUCAUACAUACUAUAAUUUAUGAAUAUCGGAAAGAGUGAAAACAGUUUUAUUGAGGCUCUGUAAAAUAUGGCAGGUGCUAGGACCUUAUGGAACUCAGGAUCUUCAGUAGAAUGUGAAACAUCACAUCAUGGGGCGUGGUACAGUGUGAGCAGGUAAAGAAAAGCCAGUUCUUCCACAUGUAAACGGCUUGAACUCCAUUUCAUCUUUUUCAUACCAUCUCCAAGAUUUCAGCAGCUUUCACAUUUGCUUGUUAAACUGAAAGCAUGUUUCUUGCAAAGGCUCUAUUGGAAGGAGCAGAUCGAGGUCUUGGAGAAGCUCUUGGAGGCCUCUUUGGAGGAGGUGGGCAGAGAAGAGGAGGAGGAGGAGGAGGAAAUAUUGGAGGGAUAGUUGGAGGAAUUGUGAAUUUUAUCAGUGAGGCUGCAGCAGCUCAGUAUACUCCAGAACCACCUCCUCCCACUCAGCAGCAUUUCACCAAUGUAGAAGCCUCAGAAAGUGAGGAAGUUAGGCGAUUUCGGCAGCAAUUUGCACAGCUGGCUGGACCAGACAUGGAGGUGGGUGCCACUGACCUGAUGAAUAUUCUCAACAAAGUCCUUUCUAAGCACAAGGAUCUGAAGACCGAUGGUUUUAAUCUCGACACCUGCCGGAGCAUUGUGGCUGUCAUGGACAGUGACACAACUGGGAAGCUGGGCUUUGAAGAAUUUAAGUAUCUGUGGAACAACAUCAAGAAAUGGCAGUGUGUUUAUAAGCAGUAUGACAGGGACCAUUCUGGGUCGCUGGGAAGUUCUCAGCUGCGGGGAGCUCUGCAGGCAGCAGGCUUUAAGCUAAAUGAACAACUUUACCAAAUGAUUGUCCGCCGGUAUGCUAAUGAGGAUGGGGAUAUGGAUUUUAACAAUUUCAUCAGCUGUUUGGUCCGCCUGGAUGCCAUGUUUCGUGCCUUCAAGUCUCUGGAUAGAGAUACAGAUGGCUUGAUUCAAGUGUCUCUCAAAGAAUGGCUGCAGUUAACCAUGUAUUCCUGAAGUGGGCACUGAGAAGUCAAGACCCUCCCUGAAGGACUGUAAGCCUUGCCAUGCUGUACACAGUUGCUGAUACCCUGUGCAACAGCUGUCAUUUCCCGGCGAGCUCUUUCACAACCCUAGAUAUUUCUGAUCAUGCGCUGCCUUUUACUGCUGAAUUAAAACAGAUAUUUCAUGAAAAA